CCGAACCCGUCAGACACACGGUAGAGAUAUAAUAAAUAUCUUACUAACCUCGUUUUCUUGGUCCGUACUGUAAUUUACGGAACCUCGUUUUUCCCCUGCGAAUAAUGGCUCGCGCGCUUCGCGCUUGGGCCAUAAAUCGAUGGGGAAAAAACUCGUUCCGUAACUUACAGUACGGCCCGCGAACUCGGUUAGUAAGAUGUAUAUUCAAUACAAAAUUUAUGCACCUCUUUUGGGUUUUAACCGAAUGUCGCCAACAUUAGUAAAUAUUAGUAAACGUUUCCCCAUUUUCAAGUGAAAAAACUCAAAACACUGUUUUCAUUGGUUUAUCACCUGGAAGACUUGCUAUAGAUAGGAUGAAGUUAAUUCCAUGCUUUUCAAACCAUGCGUUAGUAAGUUAACGUGCCUAUAAUGGAUACAACUGUUUGAAACUUAGGGUGUAGUUAUUCAUUAAUUAUUGUGGCAUCUGACCUAGAAAAGCUUUUGAAGUCAGACUGCGAAGUCCUUUAGCGCGGUACCAAAACAGUCCUGUAGAGUUGUUCUAUUAAAAAAAAAAGUCAUUUUUUGGGUUAUAAGACCACCUUAAAUAUAUUCUGCGGUCAUAUAUUGUCACAUGCCCUGUCGGGCUAUUUUAAGCUAAGAUAUAUUCUUAGCAAAACGGCACACCUUUUCACAUCUUCCAGGAGGCUGGCGUUAGCUAUACGUAUAAUGUUAAGAUUAGCAGCCUGCUCCACACGCUUUUUCUGAGCAUGAAGCGCGAUCGGCUGUAGAAGCGGGCCGUGCCGAGUUUACAACUAUUUAAAGCAUUUAUCACUUCACUGAAAUUUAUAUUUAAAUGCUUUAAUUUGUAGGAUCUAAAACUGAGAAGAACAUUCCAUUCAGAUACAAUGGAAAACAACUCAGCCAUGGAGCUCUGGAAAAGUGAAUACAAAAACAGUAACGGACAAACGGUUUUACAUCUUAAUGGUAGAAAGUUGACACUGGUUCCACACGGUGUCACAGAUAUGGUUUAUGUUGAGAUUCUUAACCUGGAAUUUAAUGAGCUAACAGAAUUACCAAAAAGUAUCAAUCAGAUGAAAAAUCUCAAAGAGUUGAAGUUAACCUUGAAUAGGCUAACUGAACUGCCAGAGAGUAUUGGUGAACUGAUUAACCUGAGCUACCUUAAAGUGAGCUGCAAUCGUUUGUCUGGAAUUCCUAAGAGUAUUGCAAAUCUGAACAAACUUCAAAAGCUGGACUUGAGUAAUAAUAUGCUGCAAGAACUUCCUGAGGAUGUCACUAUGCUUGAGGAGCUGACAGUUCUUAACUUGAACUGCAACUGGUUAUCGGAGUUACCUAGAAAUACUAAACGUCUCAGGAAACUCAGAAAGCUUUACUUAAGCCAUAACAGACUGAAGGAACUUCCAACGGAUCUUGAAGACUUAAAAGAUCUCAAAAUUUUGAACGUGAAUGGCAACCUUUUAACAUCUGAAGCGAUGAGAAACCUGAGGAAAUUGAUAAAGGAAAAGGAAAUUUCAGGUAUGCGCAAUUCAUAGCGGAGCUCCCGCGUGCCUUAGAAAAUUUGGUAACCAUCUAUAUGAAAAAUUUUGGCUGUUACGUGACUGUCUGUACGUACAUACGUCCGUCC